ACUAACCCUAGAAGACUCAUUCUUCAUUUCAUUUCUUCUCUCGCCUCACACACACACUCUUUCACCUUCCUCUUCAAACCCUAGUGCCGCCGUCGCCGCCGCCGCCGCCGCUUCUAACCCCAACAACCUCACCAUCAAAUCCUCCUACCAACAUGAAUCACCACUUUCCAACUUGAUUCACUUUGUUUUACGCCUUUCGCUGUCAUUUAAAACAAAGGAUUUAAGUGACAAUCAAACUUGAAUCAUCCACGAACCCAGAUCUUGAUCUUGUUGACUUUCUCUGUGUUACUACGCUCAAAUCAAAGAUUCAAAGGUAAGAUCUGCUGUUUUUUAUGUUUGUAUUUUUAUAACCUUUGAUUUAGUGUUUCUGACUAUUUGCUUUUGUUUUUGUCAUGAUUCACAUAAUCUCUGCCCCGCACAUGCUUCAAAUCUGAAGGUUGGUUUUUGUUACAUUUUUCAUAUUUUGAGCUUUGAUUUUUUCACUUAAUGCUUCGAACAUUUAUUUAUUUUUUUGUUUCAAUAUCAUCUCUGCUGCUUAUGCAUCUGCUGAAGAUUUGAAGGAAAGAUGAAUCAAGAGGUUAAUAGCAUUCAAAGCCCAGGUGCAAGGACUCUAGCAAGUGGAGGAGUUAAUGAGCAAGGAGAGCAUUAACUCUGAUUUUGAAAAUGUCACAAUCAAUCCCAACUGAAGAUACUGAAGAUAGGAUUAGCGCAUUACCAGAUCCCAUUAUACAUGACAUACUUUCAUUUCUACCAACCAAAAAAUCUGCCGCCACAAGCAUCCUUUCAAAGAGAUGGAAACCACUAUGGCUCUCAGUUCCCAAUCUCCAAUUCGACGACAGAUCCUUCCCAAACUACGACUCCUUUUACAGAUUUGUGUCCUCCGUCUUUCUCUCACUAGACAUCAAGUUAUCCAUCCGAUCAUUCCACCUCAAAUCUUCACAUGCUUCUAUCCAUCACUUCCACGAUGUCAAUCGAUUUGUCUACGCCGCAGCGCAACGAGGAGGAAUCGAGAACCUCAAUCUCGAAUUACCUACCAUGAAUUUCGUUAGAGUCGAUAUACCUCCUAGUAUUUUCGGUUGUAGGACCCUUGUCGUUCUUCGGUUGUCUAAGUUAAAAGUGAAUGUCCUUUCUCACUUGGUUGUAGAUUUCCCUCUCCUAAAAACUCUUCGCCUAUGUUAUGUGGGAUUCGAAUGUCAUGAUUAUAUCAUAAAGCUUCUAUCAGGAUGUCCCAUUCUAGAGGAAUUGCAAUUAGAAUGGACAUCUGUGGUGAAUUACAACCAGUCACCUGCUUUACCGGAGAAUUUUCAAUGCUUACCGAAUUUUAUUAGAGCAAACAUUUCUGACUUGUGGUCUACCGCGGAUGCUGUGUUUACUUUGAUUUGCAAGGCAAAGAUUCUGUAUUUAGACCUGGGCAAUUGUAACAACCAUUUCCCUGUAUUUCUAAAUCUAAUCCACAUGGAACUUAUCCUUAACCGUGACUGCCGUGGGAAGUGGAAUUGGGUGAUAGAAGUGUUGAGACGUUGUCCCAAACUUCAAAAUCUUACCAUUCGUCAGGAUUCUCCGAAUGGAAAUGAAGUUGGGGAUAAUUGGAUGGAUCCAACAGUUGCUCCAGAAUGCCUUUCAACACAACUCAGAACGUGCAUGCUUAAAGGUUGUAACAGCAUGAAAUGUGAGGUUCAAUUUGCAUACUAUAUUAUGCAGAAUGCGAAAGUAUUGAACACCAUGACAAUUAAGAGUGCAUCUUACAUAGAUACAAAUACCAAGCACCAAAUGAAAACAAAAUUUGCUUCAUCGACAAGGGCCUCAACAACAUGUAAACUCUUAUUUGAUUGAUGACAGCUAGGGCAUCGCUGCAUUAGUUCUUAUGUGUGCUUUUUGUAUUAGAUUCUAACAUAUGCAAUGCUAAGAUUUAAUGGUUUUCAAAGGCAUGAGAUCUGUUUCAUUUUGACUCUGUCAUUUAGAUUUUCAAAUAUGUAUUGGCUUUCAUGUAUUAAAGGUAUGUCAGAUCCUUUCAACCGA